AUGGACUUCAUUUCUACCGCAAAAGACUUUUCGUGGUAUGAUUCCUGGAAUAUAGCCGAAGCACCUGAUCGCAGAGUCCGCAGAUUAAUGGAACGGGACAACAAGAAAGCGAGGGAUGACGCUAAAAAAGAAUAUAAUGAGACAACUCUGGCACUUUUCCUCCGUAAACGAGAUCCUCGGUUCAAAGCUCACAAGGACACGCAAGCCAAAGUUAUACCUACCAAUUCGUCCAAGCCAAGUGCCAUUCAAGAAUCUCCGAUUGCGGCUAAAUUUGUGGAACAAGAGUGGCAGCGAUCGCGAUCCAAUGCGGAAGAUCACGUAGACCUGGAAUGGGGACUUGCCGAGGGCGAUGAUGAAGAGUACGAGAGCAAAAAACACAUGAAAGAAGUUGAAAAAUUAAAGCGACAGAUGCAGGAGGAGAAUAUCGAACUUGGUCUGGACGAUGAACAAGAUGCGAUAGAAAGCGAUGAGGCUGCACCCUCAGCAUCGACGAAGAAGUCCAAAAAGAAGAAAAAGAAAGCCAAGGGACUAGCCAUUGAUCCCGAACUGACAGAAGCAGAAGUUCCCAGAGAUGAAUUGGCCGAAGCCAUGCAAGGCUUGAAGGUAGAAACCGAUGGAGAUAAUGAAAACGAGAACGAGGAAGGUGGUGCCCACAAUGAAGGGGAUAAGCCUACGCUUACCAAAAGAGAGAAACGAAGGGCCAAAGAAGCCGCCAAAAAGGCACAAGAGGCCGAAGCUUCAUCUGCGCCCCAGGUUUGCAACGUGUGCGCUGAAUCCUUCGAGUCUCGAUCAAAGCUUUUUGCUCAUAUUGAAGAGGAAGGACAUCAGCUUGCCGCUCCCGACAAGGGCACGAACUCUCAGAAUAAGAAGAGCGGUGCAAAAAAGGGAAAGGGCAAAGGUAAACGCUAG